CGUGGGGGGGUCGUUGGCCGCCGCGGCCCUUCCCGAGGGGCUUCUGGGGGGGGUGGGGGCCAGCGCGCGGCCCGGGGAGGCGGUGGUCGCGCUCUCUGCCCCGUCGCUUACCUCCCUGACGGGGACACGGCGAGGGGGGACAAGCAGGGGGCGGGAGAGGGACGAGCAGGGGAGCCGGUGACCUGGGCCGGAGGGCGGCGCCCCUGCAGCCCCGGCUCCAUCCCCGCCCCCACCCCCGCGAUGGCCAGGCCGGAGGGGCCCCCCGCAGGCAGAGUCGUGCUGAUCCGGACCGGCUCGGAAGGCAGCCGCAGGGCCCGCGGGAGCCGCUGUCCCCUCGGAGCCGGACCCCCCGGCGGAGCGUGGAGCUGUCACGUGCAGACUGUGGGUGCGGGCGCCUGGAGUGUGAGGGGGCCGGACCAGACCUGGAGGACGGUGGGCAGACCCGGGGCGGCCUGUGGAGACGCAGCUGCAGGGGCUGCUCCGGCCGGGAGCGCGCGGUUUCCGGUCACUGGGCGGCCCCGCAGGUCCCGAAGGACAGCCGGCCGCGCAGCCCGUGCCUGCUACGGGGCGUUCCGGACGUCCGAGGCCGUGAGCGCGGCGCUGCGCUGUGACGGUGCCCGGGUGGCCGCGUGGGAAAACGGGAGUCUUGGCUGUGUGUGCCCCGGCCACGCGGGUCCGCAGGCGGCCCUCACCGGCUGCGCGGCUCCCUGGCCGGAGGGCUCCCUGGCCGCCUUCCCGUGCCCCCCUCCCAGCUCUCCAGGCCCCAGCGCUGUCCCUGUGAGUUUUCUGACGUCUCCUGUGGACGGACUCCCUCCCGCCGGGAGCUCGGAGGCGCCGGCUCUGGGCCGCAGGCCGGCCUGCACCUUGGCGCUCAGGCUGGAAUGGGCUUUCGCGAGCACCGAUAUUUUCGCCGGGACAAAGAUAGACCCCAGUGCCUUGGUGCAGAAGCUGGACCCGGACGCGAGGAGUGUUGCCUCCAUCAGGAGAGGUGCAGAGCCCAGGGCGGUUUUACCCAAGAAGGAGAAGCUGAAGCUGCGGCGUGAGAGGUGGCUGCAGAAAAUCGAAGCCAUAAAGCUGGCGGAGCGGCAGCGCAAGGCGGAGCGGAAACGGAGGGCCGCGGUGGUGGUGGGGGACCUGCAGCCCCUGAGAGACGCCCUCCCUGAGCUGCUGGAGCUGGAGGCGGGUGCGCGGCAGCCCCGAGCCCGGGGGGUGAGCCGCAGGCCCCGGCCCGCCGAGCUGAGCCGCAUGAGCGCCGCGGAGAGGCUGCAGCUCCUGGAUGAAGAAAGGGCUCGGUUUCGGGAGCUGCUGGCCAGUCCAGCUUACAGGGCCAGCCCCCUCCUGGCCAUCGGGCAACAGCUGGCCCGGCAGGUGCAGCUGGACGGCGGCGGCCAGCUCUGACGCAGCCUGGAGGCGUCCCAGGAGCUCCAGGGACCCGCCCCUUGCCGUCCGUGCCCCGAACCCGGCCAGAGAGCCCACCGCGGAAGGGAGGGCAUGGUCCCAGGUGUUGGGGUGAGGGCACUCCCCUCUGCUCCCCACAGUCCCUGGGCUUCCUUCCAGACUGCUCUUGGGCUGCUUGGGGUCCCUCGGCACAACCCCCCACCCGGCUGGCUCUGCGCCUCCCCAGCUCCUCUGCAGCCCGAGAUGCUGUCCAGGCGGGUUCUGUGGGCGGCUGCUGCCCUCCCAGGUCCCAGGGGCUCCUGUCUGCUCCUCUUGGGUCGUGGCCCCCAUGCCCCG